UACUGUAACGCUAUAACUAACUUAAACAAGCAUCAACACCUACAAUGAUUCAAAAUUAUUACAAACUUAUCCUAGGUUUAAUUUGUCAUUCAUCAAAUAUACACAUAUAUAUACAUACAUACAUAAACUCAACUCAUGACUUUGCCAACCCCCUUGUCUCCACCGCUCUAGAAACACGAAAAAAGCUAGCUAGAUCAAGCCUUUUCCCAUAAAAACCUACUUUUUUCUUGACAAAGAAUCAACCCUUUUGUAUUCAGCUAUACACAUAAGAUAUACUAUUUUAUAUAAAUAAAUAUUUAUACUACACAAGCACAAAAGCACAUUCUCUCUCUCUCUCUCUCUAAAAUGGGUCUGAGAGACAUCGGUCACUCAUUGCCACCAGGAUUUAGGUUUUAUCCGAGUGAUGAAGAGCUGGUUUGCCAUUAUCUUCGAAAAAAGAUUGCAAAUGAAGAACUUCUUCGAGGCACUUUAGUCGAAAUCGAUCUCCAUACUUGUGAGCCAUGGCAGCUCCCUGAUAUGGCGAAGCUGAACUCAAAGGAGUGGUACUUCUUUAGCUUCCGUGAUCGAAAAUAUGCAACCGGUUACCGGACCAACCGGGCCACCAUCUCCGGCUACUGGAAGGCCACCGGCAAGGAUAGGGUUGUGCUCGACCCUAUGAGCCGGGCCGUCGUGGGCAUGAGAAAGACUCUAGUUUUCUACAAGAAUAGGGCUCCCAAUGGGAUCAAAACUGGAUGGAUCAUGCAUGAAUUUCGCCUUGAGAACCCUCAUAUGCCUCCUAAGGAAGACUGGGUACUAUGCAGAGUAUUUUACAAAUCAAGAGGUGAAAGUAGCAACCCACAAAAUUUGUAUGAUCAUCAUUCUACUUCUCCUAAUUUGGGUACAUCACCAACAAGUGAACAUGCCUUGCUCAAUGUUGAUCAUCAAAACAUGAUCACUUCCUUCUAUCAAGGCCAAAACCCUAACCCUAACCCUAGCACCUCCCUCGGCCUAUCGCCCGUCCAUUCGGGAUAUCUGCAUAUAUAUCCCGAGGAGCGAGAGUCUGGUCCAUCAACCUCCGAUCAUAAUCACAGAUCCAAGUGCGAGGACGACUAUGGAUUCUUGUUCGAUAUGAGCAUCGACUACUCGAAUGGUGUAGCUUCUUAUCUUGAGGAAGUUAGAUUUGAUCAUGAUAGCAGCUCGGUUUUUAUUUAAAUUAUGUGUAUAUAUGUAGCAUUUGUUAUAUUGGAGUAGAUGUAGAUGGGUGAAUUUGUGAUAGGUAGUAUGUAUUGUUUAAGGUGAGGAAAUUUGAUUGAGAUCGAUGUGUAAUUAAUUAUAUUUAGAAAAAAGAAUUAAAUUUGUUCAGGUUGUAUAGUUUAGAAUAUGUAAUUUGUUAUUUAAAAAGUAAUAUAUAUUGUCAUUGCUAAACAUUUAUUCAUUCAA